GCGUAUUGGCAGCUCUUUGCCCCGGGGCCUCGCUGAAAGAACGCGGCUGGCAUCCUGGCGUGCGCUGGUGUUCUGGGUUCUUUUCCUACGGUGCUGUAUCCCGUACUGGAGCCGCUCUCGGGGCCUGCACCGCGCAGCUCUGCGGCACCAUCGGAAACAGGCCGUGCGGGGGCGUGCUGAUCUGGGGGAGGCGUGGCCCGAGCAGAGGCGAUCGCGAAAGAGGGCUCCUCCGCAGCCUCCUGGCCGGCUGACGGUUCAGGUGGGCCGGGGUGGACCAUGACACCCGAAGAAUGGACGUAUCUAAUGGUCCUUCUUAUCUCCAUCCCUAUCGGCUUCCUCUUUAAGAAAGCGGGACCUGGGCUGAAGAGAUGGGGGGCAGCAGCUGUGGGCCUGGGGCUCACCCUAUUCACCUGCGGCCCCCACACUUUGCAUUCUCUGAUCACCAUCUUGGGAACUUGGGCCCUCAUUCAGGCCCAGCCCUGCUCCUGCCAUGCCCUGGCUCUCGCCUGGACCUUCUCCUAUCUCCUCUUCUUCCGAGCCCUCAGCCUGCUGGGCCUGCCCACUCCCACGCCCUUCACCAAUGCUGUCCAGCUGCUGUUGACACUGAAGUUGGUGAGUCUGGCCAGUGAAGUCCAGGAGCUGCAUCUGGCUCAGAGAAAGGAAAUAGCCGCUGGCUUCAGCAAGGAGCCCACCCUGGGCCUCCUGCCCGAAGUCCCCUCUUUGAUGGAGACCCUCAGCUAUAGUUACUGUUAUGUGGGGAUCAUGACAGGCCCGUUCUUCCGCUACCGCACCUACCUGGACUGGCUGGAGCAGCCCUUCCCGGGGGCCGUGCCCAGCCUGCGGCCCCUGCUGCGCCGAGCCUGGCCGGCCCCGCUCUUUGGCCUGCUCUUCCUGCUGUCCUCCCACCUCUUCCCACUGGAAGCCGUGCGCGAGGAUGCCUUCUACGCCCGCCCGCUGCCCACCCGCCUCUUCUACAUGAUCCCGGUCUUCUUCGCCUUCCGCAUGCGCUUCUACGUGGCCUGGAUUGCGGCCGAGUGCGGUUGCAUUGCCGCGGGCUUCGGGGCCUACCCCGUGGCUGCCAAAGCCCGGGCCGGGGGUGGCCCCACCCUCCAAUGCCCACCCCCCAGCAGUCCGGAGGACGCAGCUUCCCUGGAGUAUGACUAUGAGACCAUCCGCAACAUCGACUGCUAUGGCACAGACUUCUGCGUGCGGGUGCGGGAUGGCAUGCGGUACUGGAACAUGACGGUGCAGUGGUGGCUGGCACAGUACAUCUACAAGAGCGCACCUGCCCGCUCCUACGUUCUGAGGAGUGCCUGGACCAUGCUGCUGAGCGCCUAUUGGCAUGGCCUCCACCCUGGCUACUACCUAAGUUUCAUGACCAUCCCGCUGUGCCUGGCCGCUGAGGGCUAUUUGGAGUCAGCCUUGCGGAGUCAUCUAAGCCCCAGGGGCCAGCAAGCCUGGGACUGGGUCCACUGGUUCCUGAAGAUGCGUGCCUACGACUACAUGUGCAUGGGCUUCGUGCUCCUUUCCAUGGCUGACACGCUCCGGUACUGGGCCUCCAUCUACUUCUGGAUCCACUUCCUAGCCCUGGCCUGCCUGGGGCUGGGGCUUGCUUUGGGUGGGGGCAGCCCCAGCAGGAGGAAGGCAGCUUCCCAGGCCACCAGCAGCCAAGCUAGGGAAAAGCUCCGGGAAGAGUGA